AUGUGCUGGAUUGCGUGGGAUAAGCUUACACGGGGAAAAAGAGAAGGAGGACUCGGAUUGAGAAAUCUCCAGGAUUUCAAUGAUGCCCUUCUGAGUAAGCUAAGUUGGAGAAUCCUCUCGAACCCUGAUUGUCUACUGGCCAGGAUCCUCAAAGGAAAGUACUUCCCCAACACAACCUUUUUGGAAAGCAAAUUGGGAGAAGGUGGUUCUCAUGGAUGGAAAGGAAUUAUCAUAGGUCGUGACCUGCUCAAGGAAAAGUUGGGGAAAAUUAUUGGUAACGGGAAGAAAACAAGCGUUUGGGACGACCCUUGGCUUUCAACUAAGGAACCUAAAAGACCUAUGGGACCAGCACCAAGACAGUUCAAAGAUUUUAAAGUGGCAGAUCUGUUUAUUCCAAACACUAGAAGAUGGAAUGAAGAGCUGAUAAAUGUCCUACUCCCAAGUUGUAAAGAGGAAAUCCUCUGUAUCAUACCUGGAUCUUAUGAAGUAGAGGAUAGACUCGCAUGGCUCCCGCAAAGAAAUGGCGAAUACACAGUUAAAACCGGGUACUACGUGGCACGAGGCCGAUCGUUAACGGAUCAACAAGCUGCAGGAACACAAGAUAACUUCCACUGGAUUACAGAUAUAUGGAAUGGUAAAUUCGCUCCAAAACUCAAGCUUUUUCUAUGGAAAUCAGUUCAAGGGGCGUUACCAGUAGGAGAGAAUCUAGCGAUGAGAGGGAUCAUGUCGCAGUCUCGUUGUACUCACUGCGGGGAAGCGGAAACCACGCUCCACCUUCUGUUCCUUUGCCCGUUUACCCAAGCAGUUUGGGACCACGCACCUUUUCGAAAUCCGGUUGAAGAACAGAGCUUCACGAGCGUGAAAGAAGGAAUAUCGAAGCUCAAAACUCUAACUUGUUUACCACCAAUUGGGAUCGAUGGAGGCACUCUGGCUCCCUGGAUCCUUUGGAGUAUAUGGCUGAGCAGGAACAGUAAAAUCUUCAGCAACAGAAGAACAUCCGCAAAGGAAACCCUGAACCUGGCGCUGAUUCGAGCUCGGGAAUGGACCUCAGCGCAAGGGGAACAACGAGUAUCAACGCAGAAAGCGGGAUCUAUAAGAACCAUGCCACCGAUCGGGAUCCAGUGCCAUACAGAUGGCGCUUGGAACGAAGAACGAAAGGCAGGAGGCAUGGGGUGGACUUUUCACGAAGAUCAAAAGCUAAUCGGACAGGGAUCGAAGGCGAUGGAACAUAUUGGAUCCCCAAUUGUAGCGGAAGGAAUGGCAAUCCGUCUAGCUUUAAAUCAGGCCCUAGAUCUGGGUUUUACCAGUCUGCAUGUAGCUUCCGAUUCAGCCCAAGUAAUCACAGCGAUCAACUCCGGCGAUCCCCUUUCCGAGAUUUAUGGAAUCUUACAAGAUAUCUCCUAUCUUUCUUUGCUUUUUCGAUCUGUAACCUUUGUGUCAACUCCUCGAAAAGCCAAUAUUUUGGCAGACGCAAGUGCAAAACUCUCUCUCUGUGCCUUUUUGGCAGUUGGAGAGUAA